GUCUUUUUAGGGUUCUUUGGAGCCGUGGCAAGACGAUGCUGCGGCUAGCGAGGGCCGCCCUCCGCGAGCAGCACCAGCGGAGGCUCUACUCCAGCGCUUCGCGAGUCCUCAGCAAUGGGGCGCCAUCGGCUACCGGCGCCGCGUACCCCAUCGUGGAUCACACAUACGAUGCCGUCGUCGUCGGCGCCGGCGGGGCUGGGUUGCGAGCGGCCAUCGGUCUCUCGGAGCAUGGAUUCAACACGGCUUGCAUCACAAAGCUCUUUCCUACUAGAUCUCAUACUGUGGCAGCACAGGGAGGAAUCAAUGCAGCGUUGGGAAAUAUGACCGAGGAUGAUUGGAGAUGGCAUAUGUAUGAUACUGUCAAAGGAAGUGACUGGCUUGGUGAUCAGGAUGCUAUUCAGUAUAUGUGUCGAGAAGCUCCUGCUGCCGUCAUUGAGCUCGAGAAUUAUGGUUUGCCUUUUUCAAGAACAGAAGAAGGUAAAAUCUACCAAAGAGCUUUUGGUGGACAGAGCCUGAAUUUCGGCAAAGGGGGUCAGGCAUAUCGUUGUGCGUGUGCUGCCGAUCGAACGGGUCAUGCGCUACUGCACACUCUCUACGGCCAGGCCAUGAAACACAACACACAGUUUUUUGUCGAGUAUUUUGCUUUAGAUCUCAUAAUGGACGACGAGGGUGCAUGUCGAGGUGUUAUGGCACUUAACAUGGAGGAUGGGACUUUGCAUCGUUUCCGUGCUCUUUCGACGAUUCUAGCGACCGGGGGUUAUGGAAGGGCUUACUUUUCAGCAACCUCAGCUCAUACGUGUACCGGGGACGGGAAUGCUAUGGUGGCUCGUGCUGGUCUUCCUCUGGAGGACUUGGAGUUCGUGCAAUUUCAUCCGACUGGUAUAUAUGGUGCUGGUUGUCUUAUAACGGAAGGGUCGCGUGGUGAAGGUGGCAUUUUGCGAAACAGCGAAGGAGAACGUUUUAUGGAAAGAUAUGCUCCCACUGCGAAAGACUUAGCUUCGAGAGAUGUCGUGUCUAGAUCCAUGACAAUGGAGAUUCGCGAAGGCCGUGGAGUAGGGCCUUUGAAGGAUCACAUAUAUCUUCACUUAAAUCAUUUACCUCCGGAAGUGCUGAAAGAAAGGCUCCCAGGAAUAUCAGAAACAGCAGCAAUCUUCGCUGGUGUUGAUGUUACUAAGGAACCGAUCCCCGUGCUACCGACGGUCCACUACAACAUGGGAGGGAUACCAACUAACUACCGUGGAGAGGGUGUUACGACGAAAGAUGGAGAUCCCGACUGUCUCAUUCCAGGGUUGAUGGCUGCUGGAGAAGCAGCGUGCGCAUCCGUUCAUGGUGCCAAUCGUUUGGGAGCAAAUUCACUCUUGGACAUUGUGGUUUUUGGUCGUGCGUGUGCCAACACGAUGGCCGAGAUUUACAAACCUGGCGACAAGCAAAAGCCAUUGCCAAAGAACGCCGGAGAAGGGACCAUUGCCUGGCUGAACAAGCUGAGAUAUGCAAAUGGAGAUUUACCCACCGCCAGCAUCAGGCUUUCGAUGCAAAGAGUCAUGCAAAACAACGCUGCCGUCUUCCGUACACAGGAAACUCUCGAAGAAGGAUGCAAGCUUAUCAACGAAAUAUGGGAUAGCUUCUCUCGAGUUAAGACAUCGGACAGGAGCUUGAUAUGGAACUCUGACCUCAUCGAGACGAUCGAGCUAGAAAACUUGCUCAUCAACGCAGUGAUCACAAUGCAAUCCGCGGAAGCGAGAAAAGAGAGCCGUGGAGCGCACGCCCGUGAAGAUUUUGCGAAACGAGACGAUGAAAACUGGAUGAAGCACACACUGGGGUUCUGGGAGGAUGGGAAAGUGAGGCUUGAUUAUCGUCCAGUCCAUAUGAACACUCUAGACAAAGAAGUGGAGCCAUUCCCUCCAAAGGCACGAGUCUACUAACACGACAAAGUAAAUGAAUAAGAGGAACCUUCUUUUGUAAAAUUAAAGAGGAUCGAAAAAUAAAAGAGCUCUAGUGCCAAAGAA